AUGCAGAUUGACCUAUGCGGUGGCAUAUUUGGUCUUCCCGAGUUUGCUUCUGCCCCACCUGUGCUCACCUUUGCGUCAGUAAUCCAGGGUGAGUUUACUUCGGGGAAGCGCCAGACUGAUGUGGUGCCCAUCGUCAACGAGGCCCUGACCCGACGUAUGCUUGCCUUCACGAUGUCUACGCGUUCCGUCAGGAAGGAGAAUCUAGCCAAGAUGUACAAGAUUGUCCGCUUUGUCGGCCACGGCAUCCUCAAUCGAGCUGUGGAGGGUGCGAAACGUAGCAAACACAAUGCUGCACUGGGCAUCGGGUUUCUGACGCCACCCGACAUCGAUGACCUAGAUCCCGAAGGCAAGUUCGUCAGUGAGUUGUGCGGCAAACGUUCUACCAUCAAGCGCUUCUUCCAAGAGUUCAUUGAGCAGGAGCAGCGAUUCAAUAAAAAGUUUGACCGGCAAAUAGUUUGUGGCUUGGCGCACAACGAUUUGCACGGCGGGAAUCUACUGCUCGACUCACAAGGGCUAGUCUGGCUGAUAGAUUUCGCGACCGUGAAGGACAACGUCCACGUGCUCAUGGACCUCUCAAAAUUCCUUGCGUCUUGUCUCUUCUUGUAUCUGGAGGAUAAUGUGAACGAGUCGCACAUCCAAACGUUUGCGAAGCUGCUGUUCGCUACACCCGAUGCCACAACAGCGCUGCCUUUAAUCGGAGGGGAGCAGCUCAAGAGCGAUCCGACGGCCACGUUUGUGCUUGAGCUGCUGACACGCAUCAGGCACUGUCUCUGCAUCUACGAGAUUGGUGACGACGUCCCAGACAACGACGGCGUUCCAUUCGCUUUAGCUUUCUUCUCGUGGUCGGCGCGAAUGCUGUCAUACAGUGAGCCGAGCAUGCACCAGAAGACCCGUGCUUCUUUCUUUGCCCUUGCAGGCGCUCAGCGAGUGAUGUGGGAAGCUGGCGUUGACGUCGGACCCACAGCGCUGGAGUGGAUUGAACAGUACCGCACAGUCUGGGAGGGCCAGAAAGGCCGCCGACUGAGUACCAGUGCGACACACGUGCAGGUUGCUUCUUUCGAGUUUGAAUCUGACUUUCCUAGGUAUUUGGCGCAAAUUGGGACAGCGGAGGCGUGGUCCACUGACUUCCUCACCCGCGAGAAAGUACACGUGACUGACCAUUGUAUCAAAGUGGACGUGAAGUUCAGUGGGCGCAUUUUCCCGCGUAGCCUACAGCUGCCGAAGAGCGUCAAGAUUGUCUGCGAGAAGUUGCGCAUGGUCCACCAGCAGUAUCUACCAGAAGUGCUGAGUCAAGAAAGAUAUCAGGGUCGGGUAUUCGUGAUUGGCGAUUCUGGGAGCGGGAAGACUCUCAUGACGAAGCAGCUUUUCUCGGAAGUGGCACAGCAACAGCUGCUCGGCAUCCGCGAUGAGCCAGGAGACAUGGCGGGUACCACGAGAAUCAGCGGCAUGAACCUCAUCCCCGUCCGGACUCCACUAAUCGACUUGGCUAGGCAGCUUGAGGCUAAUCCGGACCUGCCUCUGGGGGCCGACCCGAUCUGCGACUUGCUAUCCGAGUGGAUGCAAAGAAAGCAUGGCCACGAUUCCAUCCCGCACAAGCUGGUCUAUACUGUGCGAAAUUGGUGCCUUGGUGCUGCUGACCGCGCGUCCAGGAGGACAUCUGUUCUUUCGGCAUCGGAAGGAGAAGAUGCAACACGCGAGAAAGCUAUCGGAGACCCCCAGCAUUCAGAAGACAUCAAGGCGUUGUUUUUGUUGUUCGAUGGUCUGGAUGAGGCAGCUUCCUCUCGGCUACAGGUGCUGGAAUUCAUCCGGUCGAUACUGCAAAGCGAGCCCUCACACAUCUGUGUUCUCACAUCGAGGCCAGGUAAUUUGGGACCCUCGGAGUAUGACUUGCUCGCGUCGCUGGCUUUCGUCUCGUUCAGGAUGGGUGCUUUGACUCUCCCACAGGCUGAAGACGUUGUGCAGCGUACACUUACACGCGCUCAAGAAGCGCAUGAGACGAUCAGCGCCAUCCGAAGCAGUGUGUCUGACCCGGGCUAUUCCUCCCUCAGGGAGAAUCCCCUCAUUUUGACAUUGCUCAUCCAUGUUCUUCGGAAGUUCCACUCUCAGAGUACAGAAGGCAAGAGUCUUCCACUGACAGAUGACCGUGCACGAAAGGAUGUCAUGAAGAAGACUGAUAUCUACCAGCGUGCUGUGAAGCUCAUGUUGCAUCAAUCUGAUGCUGCAAAGUUCGCAAUGCGGGAUGGAGCCAAUGACCAAGCGAUGGUUCGCAGGCUAGAGAUGUUGAAGAGCGUACGGGCACGACAGCUAUUCCAGUCAGUGUCGUUUCAUUUGCACCAAUUGAGGCUGCGUUCGACUUCCUGGACAGGCAUAGAGCAGGCCUCAGACGACAAUGGUAUGAUCGUGGUGCUGAAGGAUGCGUUUCAGCAGGGGCGCAUGCCCAUCUUAGAGAAAGUUGAAGUGUUCGAUGCGGAGCCUGAGGUGCAGCUUACGCACCUGUCAUUCCAGGAGCUGAUGGGCGGUGAGUAUUGCGCGGCGAUCGUUUGCCAUGCUCAUUCUCAGAAGAAAAUGCGAGCAUACGUAAACUCCAUCCUAUCUAGCAGUUCGCAGUGUUUGGACCGCGAGCGGCUGUCCGAGAGCUGGUGGCUCCAAGUGUGGUUCCACGUCUUUGAGAUGCUGGACUCAGAUGUUCUCGAGCAGUACUGCGCGAUCUUGGCCGAGGACGAGCGUGCACUCUUGAAGGUAGGGAGCAUGGCUCUUUCAUUCAGCUGCAGCCACCCUCUGGGCUAUCUUAUCCUUGACAAGGCGAUUCAUGGUACACCAAUGGACCACCGGCCCUGGGUGGGAGACGGUUCCGGGUAUAUGAUCGCUGCAAUCCAUUGGGACGAAUACGAAACGGAUGUAGUCUGGGAUGACAGGGACUGCAACAAGAGGUGGUUUCAUGGUAAUUUUUUUCUUGCCCGGGUCAUGGUCCCAACUCUGGUUGACAGCAAUUGUUGGCGCCUAGAUGGCGUCGGCACAUUGUUGAGGCAUGCGGCCAGCCUGCCCGACUUAGAGGUCUUAGACACAUUGCUUUCUAAGGGCGUCCACCCAUGCCUACUCUCUGAUGAGGGCCAUUCUCUCUUCGCGCUUGCCAGCAUGGGCAAGAAGUGGCAGGCAGUUCGCAUCCUACGUGAGCAUAGGAAUGAUUACGAUUUCAUGAACUGGAUCACUCACAAUACUUGGUGGCACUGGGCCUGCGGGCGUGAAGACCCUGGCUUUGUGAAGGCAUGGGAUAUGAACAGCACCUUGGACCAGCUGGCCGGUUUCAAGCCGUAUGGCACUUUGCAAAAAGCCUGGGAUGGGACGUUGAGUAUUGCUGAUGAUGUGGACGUGAAUUUCGCGGAUCCUACAACAGGCCUAACUCCUUUAAUGCUUGCUGCGUCAUGCGGCAGGGUGGAGGUCGUGCACGCCCUCAUAAUGCACAGGGCUUCGGUGAACGCCGAGAGUGCAGAGAAGUGCACCGCGCUCUCAAUGGCUGCAGACAUGGACAAUGGCGAUGAAGGCUUGGAGUGCAUGAAGCUGCUCAUCAAUGCCCGUGCCGACGUCCACGCCAAAGUCGGGAUGACCAUGAAGCGACCUUUUUGGAAUCUCACGGGCCAGGAGAACAGCAUUCUGGCCGGACCAGCGCAGGCUGGAUAUUUUGACAAGCUGAAGCUUCUUCUCGAGAGUCGUGCUGAUCCCAAUUCGCCAAACAAUUUGGAUUUCGCUCCGCUGAUCCAGUGUGUUCGGUCGAACAAUGCGGAUUGUGCCAAGCUUCUCGUUGAGCAUGGAGGUGAUUUUUUCAGAUGGUCCAGUAAGCUCAUUUCGCUGCAGCACAAACCAGGCCUUCUCAUGAACUACAACACACGCUGCAACUAUAUGAGCUGGAGCCCAGGUGCUGACGCUGUCCAUGCUUGGUAUAUGUAUGCAGCAGAGAACAAGGACAUCCUCCGCCUCGCGUUCGGGCUUGGCAUGGACGGGAAUGCCUGCUUUUACUCUGGACUUGCAGGCAACACAUGGCUUCCGAAAGCAGGUUACAAUCUCACGAAUGAUUACUGGUUCUUCGUAGAAGGCACCUCUGCUACAUUUGAGCUCUAUGUAAAGCAUGGUCUGGACAUCAACAGGCCUUCGGGCCCCAUGCGGCUGAACCUCCUGAUGAUAACAGGCUGGUCUUCCAACAAUGCGGCGAUCCUUACGCAUAUGCUGGAGAACUGCCCCGAUCCUGACGAGGCCCUGGCGUACAAGUCCAAAUUCCUGGGGAGCUUGGAGGACGGCGCAAGGAUUAUCGGGCUUGCAGCUAUCGUGGAAGCCAUCGAGGACUUCAAGCGCAAGCGGGCGGAUCAGGAAGGACCCCCCCCCCAGCCUGCCUGA